UGAAUAAACUCUGUCUGACAGCAGUUAAAGACACUCUGAACGUUUCCAGCAGCUGCUGAUGUUUUCUGCUCCGUCAUGUUUGCGUUAUUUUAACGGUAAUUUCGCGGGGGUCGGUGUGACGGAGCAACUGGCUAACAGCUAACGUCAGCAGGUGGCGACGCUGUGACAUCACACCGCCAAGGUGUCCAAUGACAGCGCUCGGAUCAUGGCGGCGGGUGGGGCACCACGCAGGGCGGACCAAUGAGAAGGAGGGACAACCAUGACGGACAGGGUCAGGGCGGGGCGGCAGCGGCGGAGCAGGCGGGGAACAGGGGGGUGAGACGGGCGGGGGGUGAGACAGGUGGAGGCUCCCCGCUGCCCGUCUUCCUGUUUCCCUCCGAGCUGCUGUUUCACUCUGAAGACAGAAACUCACAUCGCAGAGUUUUAACCCUUUACAACCCGUACAGCUUCAACAUGAGCUUCAAGAUGUGGUGUACAGCUCCAUCUCUCUACAGAGUGGUGGAGGCGGAGGGCAGCGUCCGAGCAAAGUCCUGUGUUGACCUGGUGGUGCGUCACCUGGACGUCUCCCCUCGUAACUGGGGCCGCAGAGAUCGGUUCCGCCUGGAGGUGAGAGGAGGCGGCCAGGUGGGAGGACGGGAGAUCUGGGCUGAGCUGAGAGGAGGAGAGGAGGGGGGAGGAGGAGGAGGAGGGGAGGAUGAAGAGGAGAGGAAGAUGAAGAGGAGACAAGGAGCGGAGGAAAGGAGAGGCCAGCAGAGGGCGCUAUCUGCUUUGACUCCUCUGUCUCCUCUGCUGGUGCCGACACACACACACCUGCAGCUGCCCACCUGCACAGCUGUGCGCAGUGUGUCUCAGUGGGUGGUGUGUGUGGCGGUGGCGGUGCUGUGUGUCGCCGUGUUGAUGCUCCCCCUCCACACCGACAGUAGCUCUGUGGUUCCACGCUGCCUGCACGUCUCCACCAAUCAGAAGCUGGUCUGCGCCUACACACUGGGUCUUCUCACCAUGGUGUUUCUGCGGUAACCAGUGACAUCACCACGGUGUUCCUACGGCAACUGUGACAUCACGCCGUCUCUCUCACUGAACUGCCGCCCACUAUGUUUGAGUGACAGCUGCUUUCCAUCGCCAUGACGACCUCUGCACUGCUAAACCACCCGACCUCUGACCUCUGAGCUCCGUGUUGUUGGGUCAGAGGGACAGACAGGAGGACACCUGAAUGUAGUCCGACAGGUGAAUGAGGACGUGAUUAACAGUCUUAAUUAGUGUUAAUUGAGUCCAUUAACAGGUUAAUUAGUUGCCUCAGAGUGAAAAAAACUUUAUUUAAAACUGGAAACACACACAUGUGAAAUAAACCAGUGUGAAUACUUCAGUAAAAAGUCACUCAGUGGUUCUCAAGCUGCGGAUGGAGACCUUGAAAAGGGUCUGGAGAUGACUGAAAAGACACAAAUGAAAAAUACACAUUCCUGUUUGUUUCUUUCCGGUUUCACUUUGAUUCAUUUUUGCUUAUUUUUUUCUGGUGAAACUGAAUGUUUCCACCUCUUCAGGCCUCAAAAUAUCAAGUGAAAUCCCUCAAGUAAGACAAUAUGAGAUGAAAACCAGUCUGACGUCAUGUGGAGUCAGGCUGCAUCAGAGCUCAGUUAGAUUCUAUAAAGAGAAACCUGAAGUACAUCAGUCCCUCCAGGAGUAUUGAGGCCAAAAAUGUUUGAUUUUGCAGCAACUCUGAUGGAAAAUAAUUAGAUUAAUUUUCAAACUCCUACCAUCCUUGAAUAAAAAGCAUCCUGCAUAUCACAGGAACAACUCUAUUUCAGUGCUAAUGGACUCAAAGUUAUAAAAACCAUCUGUUGAUUUGGACAUUUAAUGUGGAAAAGUUGCAGUAAUUUAGCAAAAUUGCAGCUCUUGCAAAUAUUGCAGAGAUCGCAAAAUCACAAUUUCCUGGAGGUGAGUGAUAAAAACAAAUUUUAGAUAAAUGAUUCCUUCACAUUUAGCGUUCGGUGUACUUAUUUUUGUUCCUUCAUCAGGGUUGUAACUAAUGACUAUUUUAAUUUUCAGUUAUUUUUUCAACAAAUCGAUAUAUUGUUUUGUCAAGACACAUUCCCAGGAGACGACAUCCAACCAACAGAACAACACGGCUGAUCAUUUUCUCAGUUGAUUUAUCGUUUUAUCUAUAAAACGUCAGAAAACAUGUUUUGUUUUGUCCAAUCAACUUGUUCUGUCACAGAAGAGCUUCGAAUCACAUCUGAGAAGCUUGAAACUGAAUUUUUGAGUUACUAAAACAAUUAUUUGAUUAUAAAAAUAGUUGCUGAUGAAUUUAUCUGUCGAUCGAUCAGAUGAAUAAUUGAUUUCUCUGUUUGUUGUUCCAUCACCAACAUGUGAGUGUUGUUUAUCUGCUUGAAUCUGAAGUAUUUCCAUGUCUGUCCAACAGCUGAAUAAACUGGAUUCCUAAACCAACAAGCGCAGAAAGUGUGAAUUAUGAUUUUAAUAGUUUUAAUGUUCAUUCUGCAAAAAUAAACAGACGUUUGUUGUUACA